AUGAGCAAUCACGAGGACAGCAAGUCUAAUGAUAUUCUUCAAUGGCCAGAGGACAGAGAAGCCAAAUGUGAAUACGGCGGCGUAAUUGUGGUCAAGGGCUUGACGUCGGUGGUGGAGCGCAUGCCAAAUGGUGACAUUAUCAAGACACCCUGGCUUGACACUGCUGAGUCUGAUACAUAUUGUAAACAACUUGCUAUCGAAGCAAAGGUCUAUCAAAGGCUUGGCGAACACCCUCGGCUGGUCAAGUUCAAGGACUGGAAUCCUGACAAGCACGCUUUGACAUUGGAGUACAUGCCCUACGGCAAUAUGGAGGCCUACGUGAAAAGGCUCCGAAGUGAAUGUUCCGUGUUCAAAAGAGGGUUUUUUAACUCUGCUUUUGAGUGCUUCAGCUGGAUGGAUCAGAUGGCGGAAGCACUGUCUCUGCUUCACUCAAAGGGCGUUAUACACUGCGAUGUUGCGCCACGCAACUUUCUACUUGGCGCCGAUAGGAAUAUCAGGAUCGCCGACUUUGGCGGUUCAUCGAUAGAUGGUUCGAAAGCUUUGGUCUGUGUCAAUAGAAGAUACAGGCUGCCAUGCUCGAGUUGGGAGGAGAUGGCGACCGUAAAAGGGGAUUUAUUUGCCCUUGGCUCGGUCAUCUACUUUCUCAUAGAAGGCAAAGAGCCGUUUGAAGAACUUUCGGAAGCUGAAGUCAAAACGAAGUUUAAGGCAGGUCAGUUUCCGGAAUUUACGGAUAUAGGCAAAGCAUCUUGUUGUGAAGAGAUUCUUCGGUUGUGCUGGCAUCAAGAGGCUGAGUCGGCUGAGCAAAUCCGCAAGGUGUUGGCAGAGAUCAGGGCUGAAAAGCAUCGUUGGAUGUAG